AUGUCCUCGGGGUGGGGAGGUUGCUUGGGCGCGGCUUGGAGUCGUGGCUGCUUGGACGGAGGCUUGCAGUCCCUGGCUUUAUGGCCGAUGCGCCCGCAGGUGUGGGACUUGAGCUCCAUCCUUAAUUCUUUAGCAGAGUCAGCGACACCUGCACCCAAAGAAGAUGACUCCACUUGUUACUGGAAGCUUGUUUCUGGUGACUGCAAUAAGAGCAUUCACCUGUGGGAGCCGACUCCAUCUAACUGGAACGUAGAUGUGAAUCUAUUUGUUGGACACUCAGCCAGUGUUGAAGAUUUACAGUGGAGUCCCACAGAAGCCGACGUAUUUGCCUCUUGUUCCGCCGAUGGAACAAUAUCAAUAUGGGAUAUACGUACAGGGAAGGAACCUUGUAUAUCUAUCAAGGCUCAUAAAGCUGAUGUGAAUGUUAUCUCAUGGAAUAGGCUUGCUAGCCGCAUGAUAGCCUCAGGGUGUGAUGAUGGCAGUUUCUCAGUUCGUGAUCUUAGAUUUAUUCAGGAGGACUCGUUGGUUGCGCAUUUUGAGUACCACAAGAAAGCAAUUACAUCAAUCGAGUGGAGUCCACAUGAAGCUUCAUCAUUAGCUGUAACUUCUGAAGAUCAUCAACUAACAAUUUGGGACCUUUCAUUGGAAAGAGAUGCAGAAGAGGAGGCUGAGUUCAGAGCAAAGAUGAAAGAGCAGGCAAAUGCACCAGAAGAUUUGCCCCCACAACUUCUAUUCGUUCAUCAGGGCCAGAGAGAUUUGAAAGAACUGCACUGGCAUCCACAGAUACCCUCGAUGAUCAUAUCAACGGCAAUUGAUGGCUUCAAUGUCUUGAUGCCUAGCAGCAUUGAUACAACCAUUCCUAGCAGUACUGAUACAACCGUGGCAUCUUCUGAGCCAUAGGUGCUUUUGGUAGCAUUUUUUUUUUGACUGUCAGUAGCAAUUUUCAACUUACAAGUCCUGUCAUCUAGGUUUACACUUGCAGUCGUGUGUAUAUUGCAUCCCAGUUUAGCUUGAGUGCAAUGUUACGUGUUCGGGCAUGAUGAGAAAUUUGAUUGUCAGAGAUUCUAUGCUAUAUACAUAGAUGAUAAGAUAUAGAGUAAAAUUAAGGUGUAUGGAUGCCUGGUGAAUCACUUCAAAAGUUUAUGGACCUAGAAA